CUUCAUCAACCCCAUCAACGACAGACAAUCUGCGACGCCGCCGGGACGACAGAGACAUAGCUCGCCAUCUCACUCUACACACACACACGCACGCACGCACCCCAAACACACCAGACCUUCCGCAUGGAGACUGACGAGAUCCACGACUACUAUGCCAUCUUGGGCAUCGAUCCCUCGACCGACUCCAAGGCCAUCGCCAAGGCGUAUCGGCGGCUGGCCCUCACCUGCCACCCCGAUAAGGUCUCGCCCGACGACACCGAUGCCGCCGCACGGUUCCUGCUGCUCUCCAAAGCAUACGAUACCCUCACGGACCCGCAGAAGCGCCGGACCUAUGAUGAACAACACAAGGCUCGGCUCGCCAAGCUGGAGAAGCUCAAGAUGAUGGACGAGACCCGGCGCAAGACCCGCCAGGAUCUCUUUGACCGCGAGAAGCAGGCGCGCCAGCAUCGAAACGAGGCGCAGAUGGAGCAGCUCCGACAGCGAGAGCAGAUCGAGCGACUGAGGGAAGAGGGAGAGCGACAGCGCAAGCAACAUGAACAAGAGCAGCAGCUCCUGUUCAAACAAAUGCAGGAGGCAAUCUUGGUCAAGGAGCUGCAGACAAACAUUCAAUCUGCCGUCGACUCGGCCGAGGAAUUCGACUCGUCCAUCCGCGUAAAAUGGGACAAGAAAAAGUACCUGCUGGUUCAGGCCGACAUUGAGGAGCUCUUUGAAAAGUACGGCGACAUCCAGGCACUCAUCUUCAAAGAGGGCAAUUCGAUCGUUGCCUUUCAGUCGAUCGAAUAUGCGAUGAUGGCCAUGGACGACUACGGCAGCGAACAGACUAUCUUGGGGAACUUCAAGCUGCAGUGGUUCGACGGGUCUGAGACCCCGGCCUCGGUGCGUCGGCUGCAGGCCGCAUACAAGCACUACCAAACUCGGCAUGCCCUGCUCUCUGAUCCUGCCAAGGCUGCUGCUGCUGCACAGCACAGCACCUCGGCGUCAGCAACUGUAUCGCCAGAUAACAGGCCGACGGCCCGGCCCGAGCCCUUGGCUGUGGAUCCAUCCAAGAGCCGGACCCGGUUCGCCAACAUGUCGUUGGAGGAGGCAGAGAGCGUGGUCUUUGGUCGGAUCAAGCGGCAACGGGCCAUCCAUACGUGACUGCUAUAUUGACGGAACGUCUGGAUCGUAUGGAGGUGUGGAUAUGGGCUCCAUUUAUUACCCGACGGCUGCCUUUGUUUCGUUAUGAUAUGGAAUCCUCAUAUCCACCUCCAACAACGAUCAUCCACCCUGUGGUGACUCGGCGAGGCCUCCCAUUGAUGAACACCGCCGGCUCUCUCUCAUCUUUGGUAUCCGGGCAGCC